UUUUGACAUUUUACUGUGUGUGUUUGCAUAUAGCCAGUCACUGAACUGUGGUAGCUAGAUACAGUUGUGUGUUAGUAGCUGCUAGACAUUACUGAGGAGUAUUUCUACGCCGGUAGCGUUUCACCUCAGGACUGAUUGUUUAAUGUGACUCAGUGGGGUGAUGGAGGAGGAUGAAGAGGGGCGUGCAGCCUCAUUAUUCAGCUCGUGUUAGCUUAAUAUCUAAAGUAAAUGUAAACAAUUGAGAUAAUUAGCUAAAUAUUAGUUAGCAUUUCUUCAUUUCUGAGAUAAAAUAUACGUUUGUUGAAUAAAAUGUGUGGGGUUUUGUUAAAGUUAAAGCAUGUUUCUAGUGUCCACAUUGUGCUUUUCGCUAGUAAAUGGUGUGCAGUGGCUCGUACAUUGUAAUUUGUUCUAGUCUAGAUUAAAUUGUGCCUGUAACCUGUAACUGAUUGUUCCACUAGAAUUUAGCUGGUGUUUUCCUGUACUAUUAAAUGUGUGACACAAACCAAGGCAAAGGGAAUGGCUGUGUAAGAUUCCUGAAGACGGCAGCUUAUCAUUCAAAAAUGCUGAUAAUCAUUUGGUUUAUCUCCAGUGGAGACAUGAUGAAGACGACUUUUAGUGGCGUUGAUAAAUAAACUGUAUUAUAGUUAUCAGUCACAUCUGGCCAGAUAUCCAGUCUGCAUGACUAGGUCAGUGUCAGGGCUGAUACAGGUCCAGCUGAUGGGAUGACUGCAUCACCCCCAUACAAAACCCCCGUCAUCAUCUACCUGUGCACUGUCAGUUAAAAUGUAUUGCUGUUUCUAUUGCUACACAGCACAAAGUAGUCCACUGUUUCCUCCUGUUCCCUGGCACAUUUUAGAUGCUUAAGCACAGUUUACAGCUCUCCUGUGUUUACACUGGAGUUCACCAUACGUCUCCAGUAGAGGAGGCCAGGUGCAGGAUACACAUCACAGCAGGCAGGUGCAGGGUGCGUGCGACCAGUCACACUCCAUUGUGAACAUUUUAACCAGUCAUCUGCUCGCUGAGGUAGAUUUAUUUCUGCCAGCAGCCUGGGCACCCAGAGGCAAUGAUGAUGUACUGAUAUCCCAUCAGCUGAAGAUGCAUUUCCCAAAAUAUGCUGCUCAUCAUUUCUUUCCUCUCAUACUGUAUUUUCCCUGCUGUUCCUGAUGGCUUGGAGAGGCUUUCAAUGACACAAAUAAAUCAGCACAGCCAAACCUACAGAGUGGAGACCUUUUAAAUGGUUGCGGCUCCUGGCUGGACACUGCCUGAUCGUGCAUCACUGUGUAUGACACAGUGUAGUGUGUUGGGGUUUACCUCAGCAAGUAGGCUAGGAAACCAAUAGUGAUGCUGUGGCCUGGUGCUCCAGGGCUGAAAACAUUUUGUGAAAAAUGAUUCAUGCCCUGUGUUCAGCAGAUAAAUUGCUCAUACACAGUCUCCACUGAGAGCAAAAAACGUCACCCAUUUGUCGCUCAGUCAUUCACCUGCAUGUUUACAAAGGCGCAAUCAGUAAGUGAUAGUGAUCAUGGACAAGUCCAGGAAUUUGAUUGUGGAUAGCUAGACCUUCCUGGCUCAUGGAUUGUCUGUAAACCCAUGGGAGUUGAGUGAUAACGUUACAGGACUAGUAAAAAAGAAAAAUGUCUCUGCCCCUGCUCUGUAAUUUAGGUUUAGUCCCAAUAAUAAAGGUAAGCCAGCCAAUACGGAGGAAGCUGAGUGCAGUCGCACAUACUGUCUGUUUCCGACACAACAGCGAGUGUAAUCAGAUCUUCUAGCAAGAAUUUGAGAAGAGCACUUACUUCUUAUCUAUUCAUUGUUUUAUGGGCCAUAAGUGUUUCAAUCCAGCAAGACUCAGAGGUUUAUUGCAUAUUAAACACAUGCACAGCAUUGUAGGCUAGACAAUGACAUACAUGAUGCACACAUACAGAAAUACAGUCAUAUACCUCAGUGAAAUGUCACAAAGGUAUGAAAAAUAGAUACCGCCCAAGCCUAGUUCCAAGAAUAUUGUAUUAACAGUUAUAUUCAUCGUCUUAUAUCUCACUUGUCUUGCAUGGUAUAUGUUAAGUGUAUGUUUAGUCUCAUUGUCCUUGUAUCAGACUUCAUCUAUAUAUAUUUAAAACUGUGUUGAUUUAAAUGUCUCUGCUCUGUCCAUCAAUGUCAAAAAGAUGAUGUUGGUACAUUAAUUGGUGGUAAAACUCUGUCAGAGUUGAAAAGUAAUUACAUCAACCACAGUCGAGCUACAGAAAGUAGCUAGACUGUUCUAGCUGUUCAAUUAUUUGCCUUUACCCACUCAUCAUAGCCACAUUACUGAUGUUAGUCAAAUAUCUCAUUGUGUAAAUAUUUUGUGAAAGCUCCAAAAGUCAACCAAUAUCGAGGUAUUUGGCCAAAAAUGUUGUGAUAUUUGAUUUGCAGUUAUGAUGUUCAUAUGUGUCCUCAGGCUGAAAUAUAUUUGCACUGACUAGAAGGCAAUGACUCAACUAAAGCUACUUUGUUUGCCUUUAGAAGAUGCACAUUCAGCUCACUGAAGCUGCUGCGCACUUGGGUUUUAAAAUAACUGACUUUGCCAGAAGGCUGCAGGGCCUUUGUCAGUUCAAACAAGAUAGACACAUUCAAGACAUAAUUAUCCAAAACAAGGCACAGUGACUUUUGAAUUUUCUGUUACAUAUUAACUUUCUGCUCUUUAAAAUGUCCUUUCUGUAUAAAUCAGCCUUUUUAGUUUAUCUUGAGGCUUUUCUCUCUCUUUAUUCUCACUGUUUCCUACAUUUAAUGAUUUGUUUAAAGUUGAAUUAUUGUGCAGUUAGUGUACAGAUAAGUAUGAUUUAUUUUUUGCAUUCACACUCUAGUUUUACACUUUUGAAUAUACACACAAAAACUCAGGACAAAUGAUCAGAUUUCAUCUCAGCAGCCAGACCUUUUGUUCGUCUGCUGUACAGUAAUUAUUAUUCGCAUUUCAAAUUAAUUACUCCUUCAGGCGAGUGGAUGCUGAAACUUUUUUUUAGUAUUCACUGCUGAUUUUUUUUCGGGGCUCACUUUCUGUUACUUCUGUCUUUCUCUCCUUUUCCUUGUUCUUUAUUGGAUGGGACCAAUCUGCUAUCUGCCAAUCACAUUAGGAGCUUGAUGAGUUGGCUGAUGAUCGAAUGGCCCUGGUGUCAGGAAUUAGUCUGGAUCCCGAAGCAGCCAUUGGAGUCACCAAGAAACUUCCCCCCAAAUGGAUAGAGGGGGUUGAUGAGAUCCAGUAUGAAAUCACACGUAUUCGGCAGAAGAUGAAGGAUCUGGCCUUACUUCAUGACAAGCAUAUGAAUCGGCCCACACUUGAUGACAGUAGUGAGGAGGAGCAUGCCAUAGAAAUCACUACUCAAGAGAUCACACAGAUGUUUCAUCGAUGCCAGCGAGCUGUAACGGGUCUGCAGUCUCGUUGUGGCCACUGCACCGAGCAGGAGGAGAGGCUAUUGAGAAACGUGGUCUCAUCCCUGGCACAGAGCCUGCAGGAGCUGUCCACCAAUUUCAGGCACACACAGUCCGGCUACCUAAAACGGAUGAAGAAUCGUGAGGAGAGAUCAAAGCACUUUUUUGACUCUGGACCCCUAAUGGAAGAGGAUGAAGAUUUAGCUGUAUAUGACAAGGGGUUCACAGAUGACCAGCUGAUGUUGGUGGAACAGAACACAAUUAUGGUGGAAGAACGAGAGAGGGAGAUCCGACAGAUAGUGCAGUCCAUCUCAGACCUGAAUGAGAUAUUUCGGGACUUGGCUGGAAUGGUGGUGGAACAGGGCACCGUUCUUGACAGAAUUGACUUCAAUGUGGAGCAAUCUUGUGUGAAAACAGAAGAUGGUCUGAAACAGUUACAAAAGGCGGAACAGUAUCAGAAGAAAAACAGAAAGAUGCUGGUCAUUUUGAUCCUCUUUGUGAUAGUCAUGGUUCUAAUUAUUAUUCUUUUUGGAACAAAGUUUUAAUUAUGCAUUCCUCUGGGUUUUUGUUUUCUGUGUGGGUGUUUGUUGUGCAUCUGUGUGGACUUGGACAUGGUCUCGGUUCUACUCAAAACAAAGCUGACUGCCUUUCAUACCCGCCAGGAAACUUUAAGGAGAAUUCCUCGUCCCUUUGCAGGUGCACUUUGGGCUGUCUGGAGAUAUUUUGUGGUUGAUUUUAAUGAAAGAAACAAUCAACAAUCUGUUUGAGUCGUGGCUAUUCUAUCAAGUCACUCGUACCCUUUGCCAAGACUGUGUGACGGAGGUUUGUCGAAUCUGACUACGUUGACAUACGAUAUGUGUCUUAACAAAUGAGAACACUUUGUGGUGUAUAAAAAUGGACUACUAAUAUUUAAAUGCUGAAGCAGAGUGUUCUCUUCUUCAACUCAAAGCACGAAUUGUGAUGUUUGUUGUGACAAUGCAUCAUUUCUGUCCAGUUUCAUAGCAAACAUGUAGUUUCUGUGUGGAAGAUGUGACAACAACGAAUGUUUGUAAAAGAGAAACAAGCAUUAGAUCUCAUUUCACUGCAAAUUUAUUUUCAUUCCAACAUUAUAUUUACGUCCCAGCUCAGUAUUUUACCUUGAAUGAUGAAAAAAGAAAAUUGUAUAAGGACAGUACCAGAUAUGAUUAGACUAGUCAUUCAUUACCAAAAAUAUUCCUUUGGUUUAAGGACCACCUGUUUUGUUUUGUAUUUUUAAUCCCUUCACCCCCAAAUUUAACAAUACUGAGACCUGUUGGCCUGAGGAAGACGUAGUCAGACGUGAGCUUCCUCCAACUCAUCCUGUAAUUUUGAAAUCAUCCCUGCGUCACACCUGCUGCACUUUUCAUGAAGUGCUCAUUUUAAAACAAUUAACUGUUUAUGUUUUCAAUGGUCCUUGCUUAAAGUGCUACCUUUUUUAAACUCUUGCAGUUUGCACAUACUGAGGCCUGAGGGGAAGGCCAACUUUUAUUCCUAGGGUGGUAUAGGCAUGACCCACCCUACUCUCCCUCUGACUGGCUAGUACUCAUUGCCCUCAUGGGCUGGAUUGCUUGGGUUUAGGAAUGUGGAGUGAGAUGGACUGGGAUAACAACGUCAGUGUUAGCAAAUCAAAGAGAGAGUAAGACAGAGUAGAGCAGGUUGUGCCUUUACCACCCUAGGAAAAGAAGAACUUGCGAGGGGGAGGGUGGUUGUGUUAUGGAUGUAAUACUACUGUCAUCUGUAUGAUGAAAAAAAUAUUUAUUUUGUAAUAAUUUCAAAUUAUCAAGAGUUUCAGAGGUGUUCUGUCUCAGGCAGAAUCACUGUAUACCGAGUAAAGUGUAUCUGUAGUCUAAACCCAACAGUUAUUGUCCACUCCACUGAGAAGACUGUGAUGUAGUCCAACACAAGCAGACAUAUGAAGACAGCAUUAUGAUUUAUUUUUUUCUUGUCAGAUUGGAUACAUUAAAUUUUAGUUGGCUGUGUUGGAACUUCUUUACGUGUUCUUGUGUUCUAUAAAGACUGACAAGCGGAAAUGAUGAAGAGCUUUAUUUAACAUAUCUGUACUCGGCUCUACACUUUAUACACCUGUCGAAUCAUCUUUGUCAUUGAUGUGAAGUUAUGUGUGAAAAAUGGUUGUCUUAGUGGUACUCUACUUAAGUUUUGUUUCCCAGACAAAACAGUGAGGAGACAGCAACUUUUUUUAAUAAACCUGGAACAUGA